AAAUACAAUGCGGCGGGAUGAGGGUGAAACUCGGUGGAUAUAGAAACGCCACCAAAAUUCCUUACUGACUCUUACAAAAAAUGGGAAUUGCUGCUGCCUUAGCACCAGCUUCCACUCCUCUCCGCCUCAAUCCAUACGCCACCACGCUCCGCCUCCUGUCUUUCUACCACCCCAAAUCAAACUCUACCCUCCUAAAACCCAGUCCUCUCCCGCGUAAAUUCCUCAGCUCCCCAUGCCUCCCCCGCCGCCGGUCUUUCUGCUCCGUGGUUUCCGGAGCUCUACAGUCUGGCCAGAGUACCAAGCCGGAAUCUUUGGACGAAAUGGGUAAUAAAGUUGGGGCCUUUCGGAAGAAGUUGAAGAUUGCUGAUAUAAAAGGUGGACCUGAUGAAGGACUGGACCGGGUCGGACAGACCCUUAUUGUCAUGGGGUGGGUCCGGACUCUUCGGGUCCAGAGCAUUGUUACCUUUGUUGAGGUUAAUGAUGGUUCAUGUUUGUCAAAUAUGCAAUGUGUACUGGAUUCAGAAACUGAAGGUUAUGAUCAGGUAGAAUCUGCCUUGUUGACAACGGGUGCGUCAGUAUGGGUUCAAGGGACAGUGGUUAAGAGCCAGGGGUCAAAGCAAAAAGUGGAGCUCAAGGUUAACAAACUUGUGGCGGUUGGCAAAAGUGAUCCUUCGUACCCCGUUCAAAAGAAAAGGGUCAGCAGAGAAUUUUUGAGAAGUAAAGCUCAUCUUCGUCCUAGAACAAACACAUUUGGUGCGGUUGCAAGGGUAAGGAAUGCUUUGGCCUAUGCUACACACAAAUUUUUUCAAGAACAUGGGUUUGUAUGGGUAUCAAGCCCUAUCAUUACAGCUUCUGAUUGUGAAGGAGCAGGUGAACAGUUCUGUGUCACUACUUUGAUUCCAAGUUCUCAAGAAGCAGUUAAUUCUCCUGUGAAUAGCAUUCCAAAAACAGAGAAUGGAUUAAUUGAUUGGUCACAAGACUUCUUUGGGAAACCAGCAUUUCUGACAGUCUCUGGCCAGCUCAAUGCUGAAACAUAUGCCACUGCUCUUUCAGAUGUGUAUACAUUUGGUCCCACAUUUCGAGCAGAAAAUUCUAACACUUCUAGACACUUAGCUGAAUUUUGGAUGAUUGAACCAGAACUUGCAUUCGCUGAUCUGAACGAUGACAUGGCCUGUGCAACUGCCUAUCUCCAGUAUGUAGUGAGGCAUAUCCUUGAAAAUUGCAAGGAAGACAUGGAAUUCUUCAAUACUUGGAUUGAGAAGGGAAUCAUUGAUCGAUUGAGUAAUGUUGCUGAGAAAGACUUUGUGCAGUUGACUUAUACAGAUGCAGUUGAACUUCUUCUUAGAGCAAAUAAGAAGUUUGAAUUUCCGGUGAAAUGGGGAUGUGAUUUGCAAAGUGAGCAUGAGCGUUAUAUAACUGAAGAGGCAUUCGGUGGAUGUCCUGUCAUACUAAGAGAUUAUCCAAAGGAGAUCAAGGCAUUUUAUAUGAGGCAAAAUGAUGACGGGAAGACUGUUGCAGCCAUGGAUAUGUUGGUCCCUCGGAUUGGAGAGCUCAUGGGUGGAAGUCAAAGAGAAGAACGGCUUGAAUAUCUGGAAGAUCGUCUAGAUGAAUUGAAACUAAACAAGGAUAGCUACUGGUGGUAUCUUGAUCUCCGCCGUUACGGUUCAGUUCCGCAUGCCGGUUUUGGACUCGGAUUCGAAAGGCUGGUGCAGUUUGCAACUGGAAUUGAUAAUAUAAGAGAUGCCAUCCCUUUCCCCAGGGCGCCUGGUUCUGCUGAAUUUUGAUGGCGAAAUUGGUCGGAUAUGGUUUUGUUCUCUCGCCCUUCUUUUCUUCUCUGUGCCACUCUGAUUUUCCUUUCAUCUUUCAUUUUGGGUGUCACAAUAUUAUUUUAGUAAAGCUGCUGCUUUUUUUCCCUGCCUUUGCCUGGGUUUUGUAAUUUACUAUUUUGUUAAAAAUGUAUUCAACCAUUUGUGUAUAGAGGUGAGCAACACGUCAGUUAAACUGAAUUGAGCGGUUUAACUGAUUUAUUUUCUGUAACAUUUGGUUAAAUUAUUUUGUUGUUUCAAUUAUCAGUUAAUUCGGUUUUGAUCA